UUGAACAGCCGAGGGGGGCAGCAGUCGGUUGAGAAAAUCCUGUCCUGUCUUAUCCGGCUGCCUUUUGGCACCCGUCUUCCUUGCCGUCGCCCACUUGACGCAGCAUGUCGUUCUUUCUCAUGAAAAAGAGAUUCGAAUUCAAAGUGGACUUCGACUUGGAGGAGCUGUCGUCAGUUCCAUUCGUCAACGGUGUCUUGUUUUGCAAAGUUCGCCUCGUGCACGGAUCCUUCGUCCAAGAGUCUUCUCGGGAGCCCGUCCAAGCCAACUGUGUGCACUGGAGGAAACGCUUCUCCUUCAUGUGUAAGAUGAGCGCUAAUGCCCGGACAGGUGUACUGGAUCCAUGUGUGUGUAGGGUGUCAGUGCGCAAGGAAUUGAAGGGUGGGAAAUCAUUUGCAAAGCUGGGCUUUGCUGAUUUAAACCUGUCUGAGUUUGCUGGCUCAGGCAGCACGACAAGAAGAUGUCUCCUGGAGGGAUAUGAUACCAAGAAAACCAGACAGGACAAUUCAAUUCUUAAGGUUGUCAUCACAACGCAACUGAUGUCUGGGGACCCCUGUUUUAAAACGCCCUCAUCCACAGCCAUGACAUUGGGUGUACCGCAGGCUGAGUCAGCGUGUCUCCUCGAGGAGCGUAAGGGAGGAGACAUGCACACAUCCCAUUCGCUAACAGCGACUCCAGUCCUAGAGGAAAGGCUUCCCAGUGGUCACACCAGAACAUCCAGCUACACCAGUCAACAGUCCAAAGUUUCGGGCUACAGUUCAAAUCAUUCCAGCUCACCAGAUCUGAGACAUCGAAGGAACGCGUCAGGUGGUUCUGCCUCGUUAGGCAUCGACAGUAUCCCGGAGCCCAGCGAGCAGCAAACAGAAAAAGCAGAUAAGGAGAGCCGGUCCUCUCCGCCAAACCCCGCGAGCUGCCAUCACGCUACAGAACAGAACUGCACAACUGCCAAAACGUCAAGACAUCCGGUCAAGCAGAACUCAAUGGAGAAUCAGCUGACGAGGGUAAACGACACCAGGGUCAACGCAGACGACAUCAUUGAAAAAAUCCUGCAGGGCCAGGAUUUCAGUCACAGUAUCUUGGACUCCAGUACGGAGGAGGAAGGACUCCGAUUGUUUGUCGGUCCUGGCGGGAGUACGGCUUUGGGAAGCCAGCACAUUCGGGUUGCAGCUGGAGCAUUUGAACAGGUGGUGAUCAAGCACUGAGCUUUGAGAAGCGCGUGACCAUCGUGAAGGGUGCCGUAUUAAUUACAUUGAUGCAUUCGGAAGCGGCGUCAGAAAUCGCCUGCUCCUCAUUCCACGAAGAGCCAGCAGUUGUGUACAGGACAGGACAGUACGGGAAUACCUACAGCAUCUGUAGACCAGGAAGUCCCUCUAGUAUCCAACAAGUGCAGUUGAAGGCCACUGAGUGCAUGGGAAGCAGCUGAGCAGGAAUCAGUGAUCCUGGAAUCAUUGUACAUUUCAAGAAAAGGUUAUUAAUGUCAUGAAUGCAAAACUAUUCAGCAUUACUUUACAUUUUUUGAGUGUGUGUCAUUUCCACUAGGUUUUUGCAUCUUUUACUGGUGUUUUGUGAGCGUAUGGAUAAGCUACCAUUUCCCAGUCAUUUCUUAUUUCAUAAAACAUCAAGGCAUUUCACCCAUGUUUUAUUCUUUAUUAUCUCUGUUCUGACCCUUGCGACUGCAAAGCCGAUGCUUGAAGGUGAUAAGUGAAGGGGGUGUGACAUGAGGUACUUUAACUGUUCUAUGGACUCUAUAUUUAUUUAAUGUAAGUCAUGUAAUUUUGUCACAGGUAAAUUACUGUCUUGUAACAAUGCAGUUAAGAUGUUUAACACUAAUGGUCAUAAAUUGUUUUUAUUUAAAGUAUUAUUUUAAUUAAUCUUAAUAGAUAAUGCUCAACAAAUGAGUGUAUAGCAAGAGUUGUUAGAAAACCUUGAAUGUCCUUCGAGUCAAUUUUUAUGGUAUACUGAGAAAUGGAUUUGAAAAAGCUUACUUUUCACAGAAUAUAUCUUCAUGUAAAGUUCCUAGCUGUGCAAAAUAAAGUAUGAAAAGCUAUCUAAA